GUCAGCCCUUUAGACAUCAACCAAGGAAUCAUGAGAUCACCCACAAGUGUUCAAGCUACAGACAUGGACUGGCUGUUUUGCUUUUCUCUCAUGCUCACUCACCUGCUGCUAACAGACAGCUCAGAGAAUACAGAAAUCUGCUUAUCACAGCCACAUAGGGAGACCUGGAGGGAAACAGAACAAGAGGUUGUUCUGCGUUGUACUGUCAGUUCUCACUGCUCACAAGAAAGCUUUAAUUAUAUGUGGAUUGUUUUCAAAGAAGACUCCCACUUUCCUCUCAAACUGAAUGGGAUUCCACCCAAAUACAGCCUGGACGGAGCAUCUUUACGCAUCAAGCCACUUAAUAUUAAUGACACCGGGAUCUACUACUGUGCUGCAGUGAGGUCUGGAAACCCAGCAAAUGGCUCACAGCAUGUAGGGCUGGGUACGGCUCUUACAGUGACAGGACAUGUUAAAACUUUGGCAAGGCACAUUCUUCUGUGGUUGUCAUUUGUCCUCCUGGUCAUCUACAGCACGGCAAUCGUGACGCUUAUCAUUUUUAAAAAGCAUGGCUGCAACAUGACCUGCUGCAGAAGGAUGGGCAAAAUCGACAAGCAAAACGACUCAACUAAAAAAACAAGAUUCCGCAGUGUGCUGCAAGAAUUGAACAACAGAAGGGAUUUGGAAAGAAGCGAACACGCUUCAGGCCAAAACGGUUCACAAAUUGAGCCAGCAAGUCCUGACAUCAAAAGCUCAACUGAUGACAUCUAUCAAAAUAUCAACGGAGUUGGUCAAGUAUGUUGAAUGACAGAGUCAGACCUCCAUCAUCAGAGAAGAUUUCCACAGCCACGUAACACCUGACAGGAGGACACUCAUGUGACUGAGGAAAUUAACACAUCAGCAGAGGAUGCAAGUUGGUUCCAUGAUGGGUCACUUUUAUUUUCUUUAAUGAAAUGAGAUAUACACACCUCAACAAAAGGCACUGUUCCUCUCCUCUCUCGUUUUUCAGUUUUAGAUGUGUUCUUACGGCAUUUAUAGUUCUGCAUUAUAUUUAUUAUUAUAUUUAUACAUUCUGCUGGUAGUUAUACAUUUUGUAACACAUUCAACAUCAGUCAGUGUUUACCUGUGAUAAACAGGAAAAUCUAGUUCAGUUCACAAAUGCUUCUCAUAUAACUGGAGUGUCUUACAUACAUUUAGGAUAAUAACCCAUUUAAAGGGGGAAACAGCACUACAGUUUUAUGCCUCUGGAAACCAGUGCAGUUUCAGUCAACAUCUUUUUUUUUUUUUUUACAAACUCAUGAGGUUACUGUGACCUUUGAACACCAACACCUACUCAGUAAAUCCUUGAAUCCAAGUGAAGAUUUGUGCCAAAUUUGAAAAGAUUCUCUCUUCUUAAGAUAAUGUAUUAAUGAGACAAAAAAUGGUUUUCUGAGGUCACAGUGGCCUUCACCUUUGACCGCUUGAUCAGGUCAUGCUGAAGUCCGAGUGACUGUUUGUGAAGUAAUGAAAAUUCCAAAUGGGUGUUCCUGAUAUAUCAUGUUCACAAGAACAAAAAGGUCACUGUGAUAUUGACCUUUGACCUUUUAUCUUUGAGUCAAAGUGAAUGUUUGUACCAAAUCUGAAUAAAUUCGCUCAACACGU